AGUUAACAGAACUCAUUCAAGACGUAAUUUCAAAUAUGCGAACUUGUUUGUGGUCCUCUAAGUUUUCAUCAAAUUUUCUCUCACUUCAAUAUAUAUCAUUACAUUCUUAACAUUUAUUAUUACUAUUAAAUCUUAAAUAUGCCGUAUAAAAUUCACCACGAAUCAACAACAAAUAAACAAAAUAAUCAAUCAUGUUUUUGUUUUUUUUUAUUUACGAAAAAGUUAAUUGAAUACAAAAUGGGUUUAAAUUUUAAGAAUAGUUUUAAAAUCAAUAGAUAAGAAACCCCCAUUUCGUAAAUAUGUGGUGAAAUUAUGUAAGCCAUAAUUUAUAACAGGUUAGAUAGCAUAUGUAGUGAUAAGUUCCAAAUUUGGUCUUGAAAGGGAAUCAACAGCAGGCAUAAUGUUUUCUGAUUAUUCUAAUAUUUUAAAAAAAGAACUAGAUUGUCCAAAAUUGGAAGAUGUUCAAAAAGCUCUUCUGAAAGGAUUAAAAAUAAAUUUCUCUGAGGCAAGUGUAGAUGUUGUCGAUUGCCCUGAUCUUACUGCAGAACCUUUUUGUCUAGCUAGUAAAGGAAUCGGUGGAUCCACCGCAGUUGUUGAAGUAGGAGGACCACCAUAUUUAUUACCAGAUGUUGACAGAGAAAAAGUAUAUGAUAUUAAAGAUAUUGUCAAAGCAAUCGGAAUGAAACCAUGUUUUGUAAUCGGUGCCGGUGCUGGUCCAUGGCCUUUCGUUGGUAAAAACUCUGAGAUGAUGGCUAAUGUUCUCAUUGAUGGAGAUCAUGUUAUAAAUAAAACCCAUAUUGCAAAAGUAAAAGAUGAUGGCUCCGACGAUAUUAUUGUUAGUGUUCUUCCAUCCAAUGAAACAAGAUUUGCUCUUUUAGGCAACCUCUUCUUUUGUGAAGGAAUUCAGUCAAAAGUUUUGAAAGUUCAUUGUAAAAGCCGCAUUGGUGUUGACAACUUUAUUACUGUUCUGAGAAAAUCAUUAGAAGAGGAAUUCAAAGGCAAAUUCGUUGGACUUGGUGGAGCUUUCCUUAUUAAAAGUGGAAAAGCUUUACAGCACGUCAUGCCAGAAUUUUCUUCUACUCCAAUCCAUUCUGAAAAAGAAUUGAAUAAAUGGUUGAACUUCUAUACAAUGUCAGCUCCAUUGGUAGCUGUAGGAACUUUGAUGUCUUCUGAUGUUUUGGACUUUGAUCUCAGAGUUCAACAUUUCCAUAGUUUUAGCGAGCAUGGAGAAGCUGGCCAUUACCAUCAAGAUACUACUCCUGAUGAAGUUGAAUAUAUAGGCUACUUCAACGUCGGACAGUAUAUUUACCGUAUUGACAAACCGGUCCAUACUCAUCAGUUUGGUCGAGAUUAACGAUAAAUAAUAUUAAAUAUGAAGCAAUUAUAAACUGCAUGAAAAUAUUAUAAGGAAUUAUCAAUCUUAAAUGGUGUCUGGAAGUGUUAACAAUAGUGAAGCAUUAAAGAAAACAAUUGUACAUAGUUACCAUUGAAUUUAUCAAUUGUAAAUUUGAAAAAUAUUAAUUAUAUUUUUUCAACACGGU